UUACAUAUAUAUUAAAAUAUUUAUAAAUAUAAGAUACAUUCGAAAUGCCGUGCGGUGUACGUAGUAAGAAUCUAUUGACCCGCCAAAGGAGGCACAGGGGUAUUCUUCAACCACUGAAGCUAGCGCGUCCUCGAGACCCCAGCACGCAUGGACUCCUCGGAACUGCGAACGUCACCCAGCACCAAGUCAUUGACGACACCUGGACGCCCACUUCGCUAGUGGAGCAAUACACCCAUUUGAACAGCCUGCUGGUCGUUCGCAGCAUUUACAAUAAGUUCGAGAAGGAGGCAAGCCAAAAGCGCAUUCGGGCGAAAGCAGCGGAAUUGAGAGAAGAAUGCCACGAUGGGCGCUUGAAGCUGCAAAAGAUAUCGGGCGGCGACAGUGCCCAUGAGAUACGGAACAUGCUGAGCAAUCACAGGGCUAUGCAGCGCCUCUUCCACAAGCUGCCCAUAGACCAGGUGGCCGACAAUAUCGAUCAGAGCACCUUCGCUUUGCGCAAGGAGCGAGAUCGUCUACAAUCUCGCCUAGAGCAGUUGAAGCGUAAAUUGUAUCAGUUGCAGAUAGACCGUUCCAAACUCGAGAACCGCAUCAAAUAUGAGAAUGAGUUUAUUUUGGAGGAGGAAAUAAAAGCGCGAGUCUUACAGAAAAAACUCGAUUGCUCAACUGUGAGGUUCAGGGCGAUAAAAUCAAUAAAUACAACAUACAAGAAAAUGGUGCGCAUCCUAGUGCACGAUGAGAUAUUUUAUGAGCCCAUUUUAAAUUCGCUCGAUAAUGACAUUAUGGAUCAGACUAGGAUGAUUAAGUUUAUUAUUGACCUGGGCUUGCCUGCCAUAGAUAGAUUUAAGCAGCUCAAGCGAGAGUUUCGACGGUUGGAGGAGAGGUCGCAUGCCGAUUUCGAAACCAAGAUCAAAUUUGUUGCCGAAUUGCGAAAGAGACGGACUUUUGUGCCCCUGCCGGCCAAGGACAUGCGGCAAUCUAUUAAUAUUCCGGAACGCGAGCGCUACAUGCGCGAGACGAAAAGUAUGACGGAGCUAAAGAACGAAUCGGUGGCCAUUGAGAAACUGAUCAACGAGCUAAAAUACAAUACUCUUUGCGCACAGGCUAACGAGAUUUAUCCACGCGUCAAGAGUCAGAUAAAGAAAAACCAACAGGUGAGCCGUCAUAUCGUAUGCGAGCAUUUGUAUCGUGAUGUCAUGGAGGAGAAACAAAUUUCUGCGAGUAUGCUGCGGGGUGUAUUAGUGCACAAUCUGAACGAAGAGGAAAUCAAGCGACUUACAUACAUUGAAACACUGAAAAACGAAUUGCAAAAAGAAAAGGAGACUCAGAAGGACACGUUGGAGUACAUCCAGAAUCGUGCUAGAGCUUUCAUCAUGAUACGCUUGUGCCUUUGGAAUCUGGCAGAGAUCCUGCGAUCCAUCGAUCGCAGUCCCUAUUCCACUCGUCGGCGUUAUAGAACAUCGUACUUGCGAUUGCCUCUACUCAAAUUCGAGCUGUACACAAUGCUUGCGAUGGCGCCUCCAAUUUUCAAGGAAGACAUUGAUAAGAUCAUGCACCUUAUCAAGCGCAAGCUCUACAAGCUGGUGCAGGCCUACCAAAAUGUUCCACUUCGCGACCUGAAUACCAAGAAGUUUGUUGAUGAGUAUCACAGCCGUUACAUGGAUCGCAUGAGACUCAGUGCCGACCGGCAGAGUAGUCAACUAAUUGAGCCCAGGAUAAGUUUUGACGAUGAUAAAGUGGACCCCACUAUUUUGACACGUAAACAGAUUAAGGCGAAAAGUGCAAAGACCUUGGAGGAAAUCAGAGAGAGUUACGAAUAAGAAGUAUAAUUCUAUAUAUAAGGCAUGCU